AUGGAGCCCAAUGAAGAUACCGACCGUGAGUUGGAGGAGUUGGAAAAUAUGGUUAACUAUGUUAAGAGCAUUGGAGCAAGCCAAUGGCCUGCGAUGCUCAACAGAUUAGAUGGCGCCAGUAAGGCGUUUAUUAGAGAAUGUGUCUCCGACAUGGUGACAGACAAGUAUACUGGUGACCACACCAAUGUGGUCGAUGAAAGAGACUCGGAUGGAGGUUACUUUGAACAACAAGAGGCCAUCAAGGUCCACUUGAAAAAAACCAUCCCAAAUACUAUUAGAGAACAAGGAGCCAACUCCGACAUGGAGAAGGCAUUACUUUACGCAGCAGAAAAUGACUUAUUCAGAGUAAGAUUUAUGCCAGAUGGUACAUACAGAAUUAUCUACUCACAAAUUGGAGAAGAAUUUUCAGAUAAGUUUCCAGAGUUAGAUUCACAAAUGGCAAUUGAAAGCCAUUUAGAAAAAUACCCAGAAGUCCAAGUGGGUAAAAACAAAUACAAGGUGGUUGUUAAAAACAACCAUCACGACAACAUCGGCAUCUACUGUUUUCUCCACCCAGCCGAGGAGUGGAAAGUUGAAAAAUUAAUACAUGCCUUUUUUGAUAACAAGAGGGACGAAUGGAUGCCAGCACUCAAGCUGGCAGCAAAUAUUACCACUACAGAAGAGAAUAUCGAAUUUAGCAUUUUGAAAAGUGAAGUGAACAAUGCAGAUGAAUUUACAAAACAACCUCUUAAGGCUGGCAAGUAUGCUACGUCUUAUUUUAUGAUUGGAUGGUCCGGAAACAAGGUUCCAAAAAAGAGCAGAUACUUUUGGAAACAUCACAAAUUAGAUUUGGUAUCCACUGCCAAAUAUUGCACCAAUUCCCCUACUUUAUUCCAUACAAGAUGGUCUUGUAAACACGGCAACCAUUGCUUCCGUUGCAAUCAAAACGGACAUGCUACAGGGAAUCAUUUCAACAAUCCAGCAAAGCAAGAUUUUGAAAUCCAUAAAAGGUGGGAAUUCGUUUGUUGGUUGAUUCCAAUCGUUGUUGGUUAA